CUCCUGCAUAUUCCUUGACAGGUGGUGUGUUGUUGGAGGCAGAGAAAACGAGCCAUGGAGGGGGAAUUUCCCUUGUGUCGUUCUCUCGCCCUUCGAUCGCCUUGUGUUCUGGCCAUCCCUUCUCCGCUUCCCUUGAAUGGCUGUUGAGGCGCUCUGCUGGUUCAGAAUGUGAGGAUCUGCUCCAUUUCACCGGCACCCCCUCCCAAGCUCGGUGGUGCACAAAGCUCUCCUUGCUCCCAAAAUGUCAGUCUCUGGCAGUGACAGUGCCUUGGAGGCAAUCAGUGAUCACAUGGUAGGCAAUGACCUUGGAGAAUUCCUUGCCAAGGUUCGUUCGCGAUUGACCGGGCCAGGAUGACGGCACCCAUCCGGCGCUGGACGAGACAGACUCCGGCUACUGGGACCAAGAAUCUACGACGCAGUCGGUGACAGCAAGCAUCUACGAGUAUGAGAGGCUCUAUAAUCGAACCUACCACUCUUUCCACAGAGGCAAAUACUUGAUGCCGAAUGACGAGCGGGAGCAGGACAGAAUCGACAUCACCUACCAUGCCGCCCGUCUGUCGAUGAGGGACAAUUUGUUCUUUGCCCCCGUUCUCAACCCACGGGGGAUUCUCGACAUAGGAACUGGAACGGGCACAUGGGCGCUGGAGGCCGCUGAAACACAUCCCGAGGCAAACGUCGUUGGCACUGAUCUGAGUCCGAUCCAGCCGAACUACGUGACAACCAAUUUGACCUUCGAGAUUGCAGACGCCGACGAAGAGUGGGCAUUCCCCCACAGAUUCGAUCUGGUUCACAGCAGAAUCAUGAAUGACUUCACCUUGAGGAGUUGGCCUCAUUUCUUCGAGCAGGCGUUUCAAUACCUCAAUCCCGGAGGCUGGGUGGAAUGCCAGGAAUUUGACUACAAUCGUCGAAGCGACGACAACACUAUCCCCGCAAACAGCCGGCUCAGCUUCUGGGAACGCGAAUGGACGAGAGGGAUGGAGAUGAUCGGUAUGGGCGGAUUCUGCAAACCCGAGCUCGUCAUGGAGCAGAUGCGGAACGCAGGCUUUGUCAAUGUCACCUGCCGUAAGUUCAAAAUCCCCAUAGGUCCUUGGCCCAGGGAUCCUCAACUCCGACAAGCUGGGAUGUUCGGCCUCGUCAAUAUCCUCGACGGCAUUCAGGGACUGAGUCUGAAGAUAUUUACGGAGCUUUUGGGGUACUCGCUCGACGAACUCGAGAACCUAUUGGCAGACUGCCGUCGAGAGGCGAGAGACCGCGCUGUCCACAGCUACUGGCCGUUAUUUGUUAUACUUGGGCAGAAACCUGUCGAGGCAGAAGCUCCCGCGUAGGCCCACGUUCUGGACGCUCAACUGUUCGGUGCUGCAACAGUGGACAUCAGGAUGUGCAGAGGGCAAAGGCGGGGCAACUGCGAGGCCACCCAAAAGUUCGUCAUUGUAUCGCAUUCAGGCCGGUUGUGGCUAGUAGGGUCUGGUCGAUAUUGGAAUCGCUCAGAGGUGGCUGGCUGGAAAAUAGGUGGCAACAGUGUGGUUUCAAAAUCGAGCUGGAAUGGAUGUUCUGCUUCUGGAGACCGAAUGGCGUUGUGUGAGGCCGGCUGUGUAACCCAACGAGAGCAUUCAAGCAUGGUAGACUCAUCUUCUGUACGGUGGUGGCUGCGGUGACAUUGGUGACUGGCGGCAAGCAUUGUCUUCAUCUGGCACCUCACUGGUCAAUGCUUAAUUCAUAUUUG